AUGAAGCCAGGCAGGCACGUUCUGAUAAACAUCCCUCGUGGAGAGCUCGCCGAAAAGGCGUUGCUUCGCGUGCAGGCCGACGCGCGACGAAUUAGCGGGCAGUGCACGGACAUGUAUUUCCAAGCAGUCAGCGUCACAGGGGCGUGGGCGGGCGCGAGUGCGAAGCUGGCGGGCGGCCUUCGCUACUGCGCCCAGGACGCCGGCGGCAAGCAGGCCCGCUGGAGGCGGUUCGGGCCCGUGCAGUUGAAGAUCGCACACGGGCGCGCGCAGGAGGGCACCAAGUAUCUGAACCUCUACGUCAAGAGCCUCGGGCGCGCAGGCUUCGCCGUCGGAGGCUUGCUGGGAGAAGACGACCACUCCCAGGGGCAGGUCCCUCCGGAGGAGUGCCACCACAGCGUGGCCAUGUAG